UGCAGGUGCAUAGACUAGUCAGGUAUCAGCACAGCAGGAACUAGAGACUAAAAUAAUACAGUGCCUUUUGGUGAACAGCGUUUUGUGGGACAACUUUGGCAACAAAUGUAUUCAAGAGAUGAAUUCUCAAGCUGUCACGUUGUUGCCGGUUGCCAUUUGGAAAGUGAGAAAAACAGAAGGCAAAUGAGGAGCUGAUGAAAACAAGAGGAUCCGUUGGGGAUGUCACAUGGAUAUAAACAAGGUAUUUCAUGUCCGUCUAAUGCUUCAGGGAACAAGAUUUAUGGAUGGAUUAAAAGAGACAUUCUGAGACAUCUUCCUCAAGUGGCUUUGAAACCAGAACAAAUGUUUGAUUAUGUUCUAGUUGGGGAUUGUACUGACAUCUGCUUCUUCUACAAGACCUUGCUAAGUAUUUACAUUUUGAAUGAGGGGCAAUUAAUAUUGAUAUUGUGGUGUAUUCUAAUAGGAGGUUAAAUGGUGCAGAUCACAGAGGACCCAGGUGGAGGUGGAGGGACCUUGUUAAAUGUUCAGCAGAAUGGGAUUGUCAGGGGUCGCAAAGAUGAGGAGUCGUCUAUAUUGUCGGAGACGGUCGCAGGCAAUGAAAAUGAGGAUCCUAAUGAGGGAGACAAUGAGGAAAGCAACUAUUACGAUGAUGACGACGAUGAUGUCUAUCAGGAAUUUGAAGAGUUUGACUUUGACACAUUGCCAGAUCUGCCGAAUGAUACCAAGAGUAUUGACUCUGAUAACUCCUUCUAUCCACCCGAUGACUCUCUCAAAUACAGGACUCCCAGUCCAAACACCCCCGAACCUCUGUCCUUCUUCAAGGCCUGCUCCAAUAACAAUUCCAUCAUAGUGAAGAUUAUGAUAAGGCAAGGGGUGACAAAGGAGGAAGUGAAUGAAACAGACAAGAACAACAGAAAUGGGCUGAUAGUAGCCUGUUACAUGGGCUGGGUGGAUGUGGUCAUAGCACUUUCUCAGUGUCCCCAUAUCGAUGUCAACUGGCAAGACAACGAGGGGAAUACAGCCCUCAUGACAGCUGCUCAAGCAGGCCACAUUAUGAUAUCCAGCUACUUGAUCAACUACUUCCCCAACCUGGACCUAGAGCGUAGGAACUGCCAUGGAUUCACCGCUUUGAUGAAGGCAGCCAUGCAAGGGAGGGCAGAUGUUGUUUGUUUGCUCAUGAUGUCAGGAGCGGAUGUGGAGGCGAGGGACUACAGCCGCAAGAUGACCUCCAGGGAGUGGGCUUUGUUCACAUGUCGCUAUGAGACGGGCUAUCUGAUGAUGCGUCUGAUGGCCCAGCCAUGCGCCCAGCAGUUCUGUGUCUCCUACAAGCUGGAAUGGCCCAUGCUGCAGGAGCUAGUGGCCCAACGCCAGGAGUCCAAGAGCUGCUGGCAGAAGGUGGCAGACAAGGUCUGCUGCAGGUUCUCUCUCCACAUGAAGACGGACCCCGUGGACGAUGGUGUGAUGGACCACAUGGUACGCAUCACUACCGCUCUGUCCAGCCCAUUGAUCGCCACCGCCUGCCACACUGUGGCCCCAAGAAGUCCCCCCUGCAUCGGGAAGCGGCGCUAUGCCGUGCCAGAGAUCCUCAGGAAGCAGCGAGUGGACGAACUAAAGUGCCUGGGCCCCGAGCACUUCAACAACAACAAGAAGCUGUUCAAUAACUCCCGGGUGCAGUUGGUUCCUAAGAAGAGGGACCGGAGGGCCAGCCUGCAGACCCAAAUGUUGCAAGAGGUUACGGUGGCUGGUACUUCGGCUCUGAGGCGCACCAGCUUGCUGCCCCUGAACAUGAUGAGGAGGAGCAGUGUCAGGCCGGGCAUUGUGGUCCCCAAGGUGAGGCUGUGCAAGGUCCCCUCAUGUCCCAACCCUGAGAAGAGAAAAAAGAGCAAGGACCCCGAGCUCCUCCAGCUCCCCAAGUGGAGGUACAAAGAGGCCAAGGAGGAGAGGAGGAGGCAAGAGGAAGAGGGGAAGAAGAGACAUUUACCCACAGUGAGGAUGCGCUGAAAGACUUGAGCUACGAGAAGAGGUCAAAUUGCUUUUCAAGAGCCUUGGGGUGCGAGCUAACCUUUAACUGUAAUUGGUUCUGAACUGAGGAGAUGAAGUUAUCACCAGCGUUUUAGAUUUUAAAGACUGUGCCACUUGAUUCAGCUGUAGCCAUGGAGCACUAUCUUUUCCUGUCCUAGAUUGGUUACUCUGUUUCUGGCUUUUGACAGUAAUGGGGAAGGAACACUUGGCUUGAACUGUGUACUCAUUGUGAGGAAUUCAUAAUUGAACUUUUAUGCAGAUGUGUUUUUGUAUGCAUUCUUCCAUUUUCUUCAGAUUAUGCAUUUCUCCAUUCAAUCUGCAUUUCUUCAGAUUAUGACUGUUUGAUAUCUCCAUUGUAAAAAUGAUAACUAAA